AUGACUGGAAAAAAAUUAAUGAAAAAAAACAUUCUUGUUGAGGCUGCAAGAAUUCGUCUUAAUAAUCGCUACAUUAUAAAUUUGGUGACCGACCAUUUGUGGGACCACCAUUUAAUGGAUUAUCUGAAAAAUCAAUUCACAACUUUUGCAGAUAGAAUUAAUAGCAUAAAUCCCUACGUUACGUCUCAUAUGAAUGCGCUUAGUAGGAUUCGUCAAAUUCCUGAUAGGCAAAAUACGAAUAGUGUAUUUCAGGACCAGUUUUUUCAUGGAUCAAGUUUUGAAAAUUGA